AUGGGCGAACGCUCGUUUCUCCCCUCAAGCUCUCCUGCUUCGCAGGACGAGACCACUCUGAGCACCCCCGCCACUCAUUUGACCGCCUCGGUCCGUCAGAACGGCGCCAGCAAGGCUCCUGAUUCUGAUUCAAAGCUUGCUUCUGCCAUGUCCGGCUUGUCUGUCAAGACUACUGCUUCCCGUUCCGAGGACCCCUUCCUUGACCCUACUUCUGCUGGUGUUCAAGGCUCUAAGGUCUCUGGCUUGUCCCCUGUCGCCACUUCUUUCGUUCCAGGAGCCAUUCCCAGCCCAGCUUUGACUGUUGUUCCCCGUCAAGAGAGCAUUGCUCAAUACCGCACCAACAACGUUGCUCCCACCAUUGGUGGCUUGCCCACUGCUUCGACCGUCCGCAACGGUUCCUUCACCAGCGAUGCUAGUGAGCCCAAGCGAGCUCUUCUCGUCAAGUCGCAGUUCUCUGUUGUUGAGCGUGCCAAGCGCCUCAUCAAGGAUAUUGGUAUCCACGAGGCUACCUUCCGCAUCGUCUAUCCAGGCAUGGUCCCCGACCAGCGAGAUGCUCCUGCGCAAUUCGUCAUUAGUUUUGACAUUCCUAACUUGGCUGAGAUGGCUUGCCGAGCACUGCGCCUCAACCUUGACCGUGCUUCGGUGUACUUCUACACCCCCAAAGCUGUGGCUCGCUUCUGUGGCCUUGACGAUAGCACUGUGUCUAACCACGACGGCGAGCUGGCUGUGACGGUUCUUUGGGAUGAGAUCAACAAGCCCAUGAGAGACCAAGACAUCCGCGAGCGUGUCAAGGCGGCCUUGUCCACCUGGUUCGGGGUCAUCAAAACCAUCGACGUGCUGCCCUCUUACCAAGUUCGUCGCCGCGAGCUUCGCGUUGAGUUUCUCAACAUCCGCGCGCGUGACUAUGCUCUGGAAUCUGGUAUCAUCCGCCAGGAUGAUCUUGAGCUUCGCAUCCAGCCAUUUGAGCCCGACCUUGCUUACAACGCCGCGUCUACUUCUCCAGGUUCUUCGUCCCGCUACAGUGGUCCUUCCCUCGCCACCUCUGGUCAAGUGAGCUUGACUGGUCGAAGCAUCCUGCCAGCCAACGCUCCUGCAUUCGGCACUCCUUCUUUUGACCCUUUGGCUCACGAAUUUGAUGGUCGUCCUGGUCGACACGUUCGAGCUGACAACCGCGUUGACGUCUUUGCCAUUGAGAACGGUGAAGACUGUCGUACCACCGUCAUGCUGCGCAACAUCCCAAACCGUGUCGACUGCCACCAGCUCAAAUCCAUGCUUGAUACGACCUCGUUCGGCAACUACGACUUUGCUUACUUACGUAUCGACUUUGCCAACAACUGCAAUGUCGGCUAUGCUUUCAUCAACUUUCGCGAUGCGCAGUCCAUCGUUCCAUUCGCGCGCGCUCGUCAAGGUCGCCGUUGGACCAUGUUCCACUCUGACAAGGUUGCUGAGAUUUCUUAUGCGACGAUUCAAGACCGUGUCAACUUGAUUCAGAAGUUCCGCAACUCAUCGGUUCUGCUUGAGCACCCUGACUAUCGUCCAAAAUUGUUCUUCGUGCACCCCGAUGCCCGUGCUGGAACCGAGGAGCCAUUCCCCGUGCCAGACAACCUCCAGAAGAUGCGUCGUUCCGUCGAGAACGCUGAGACCGUUGGUUUGUUCCACCCUUCCAAGGCUUCCAAGCCUCCUCGUGGUCAUCGGUCCCGUUACCCCACUGUUCAGCUAUCUGCGCCUCGUCCUCCUCAUGGACGUCGUCGUGGUCACUACGCUGCCCCAGCUCGUGCAACUGCCAUGCACAUUCCUCACGUUGUUCCUGCUCGCUCGAGAGCUCCCAUCUAUACACCUCCCCCCACCCCUGAUGCCCAGUACCCUGGCUCUGGCAACGUGGCGGUUGACACUGAUGAUGACGUCUUCGCUUCCACCUCUGCGAUGCGUCGUGCCCGUCAGGACGGUCGUGCCUACUACCCCUUCCGUCGCUCCUGUGAGACAUCUCUGCACACCUCCAAAUCCUGUCAGCAUUUUGCUAAUAAACGUUCUCACAGGAUUGUUUGCUCCCAGACAAGGACAAGCUUAUCGAGAAGAGCAACGCCGUCGUCGAUCUCAGUUCGAUCGAGGCACUCCAGGUGCAGAGCUUGA